AUGACUCUUCGAAAAGCACACGUCACGAUCAUGACUUCCGCUGCAGCAGAAACUGAUCCCUCAGCCAACAACAACAGCAUCCCCGAUAUCUUGAUCAAGCCUUGGAAACUGCCUCCCCAGAAAACGUAUAUUCUCCAGAACGCCAACAUUGUUGACUCAGCCAGCGGCUCUAUACACAAAGGCCAGACAAUCAAACUUGAUCAGGGAGUGAUUACAGCAGUUGGUCAAGAUGUCCCGCCAAGUUCCGGGGACGUGCUUGUCGACGUCUCGGGCAAGUUCAUCUGCCCAGGACUCAUCGACUGCCACGUUCACCUCACGUCAGUCGCCGGCGAUGGCAGCCUAAGCGCAGGCAUUUCGGCCUCAGAACCGGCCGUUUCGUAUUUUCGCCAGCCGUUUCUUUGCAACCAAAUGCUCAGCCGGGGGUUUACUUCAGUCCGAGACACGGGCGGCGCGACUCUGGCGCUCAAGGAAGCCAUCGAGGACGAUGUAUUUCCCGGCCCCAGACUCUUCAUUGCCAACAAGGCCCUGUCCCAGACCGGAGGCCACGGCGACAUGCGAGGUGUUCACGACAAGCAGAAAUGCUGCGAUGGUCAUGGCGCGCUGACCGACGUCGUCGACGGUGUGCCUGGCUGUAUCCGGUCCGCCAGAGAACAGCUUCGCACCGGCGCCGACUUUAUUAAGAUCAUGACGGGAGGCGGCGUUGCAUCGCCAACAGACAAGUUGGAGAACAUCCAAUUCACAGCGGCCGAAAUCAGGGCCAUUGCCGAAGUCGCCGACACGUACGGCACAUAUGUCACUGCUCACGCAUACACGCCUAGAGCCAUCCGCCACGCCGUGGACAAUGGCGUCAAAGGAAUCGAGCAUGGCAACUUGCUUGAUGCAGACACGGCGCGGUACAUGGCCCAGAGGGGCAUCUGGCUCACACCUACGCUCGUCACCUACGACGCCAUGGGAUCGGACAAGUACGCCGGCUUCCUGCCCCCCGCGAACCGCGCCAAAAACAAGGCUGUCCUCGGCAAGGGUCUCGAGUCCCUGCGCAUCGCUGAACAGGCGGGCGUCACCAUCUGUCACGGCUCCGACCUCCUGGGUCCGCUUCACGAGGAGCAGAGCAGGGAGUUUGGCAUCCGAGCCCAGGCGUUGAGCAGCAAGACAGUCUUGCAGGGUGCCACCGUCGACGCAGCCAAGCUUUUGCGACAGGACAAGUUUCUGGGUCAGAUUAAGAAGGGGUUUGCGGCUGACUUGCUCAUUUUAAACGGCAAUCCACUCCAGGAUGUGUCAAUACUGGACGAGCCCGAGAAGACGAUUUUGGCCGUCAUGAAGAAUGGGCGCGUGUAUGCCAGCCGAUGGGGGAGGUUGCCCAAGGAUGUCAUUGCGUCGACCCAGAGUUUGAUCGAGUAG